AUGAAACUCUCCCUUGGCCUCAACUGGAUCAAGAGUUCGAGGGACGUCACCGAGCUGAACGUGUGCAGAUCGCGGAGGUGCCAUGCGUUCGGUACUUGGAUCGGUUGGAUCGCGAAGACGUUCGACUACAUCAACCGCAUUACUAAAUGCUUCCGCUUUUGGUCUACGAGGGGUGGAUCCUUCCGAUCUACACAUCUUUCCAUCGGAGCGGUUGCUGGUCUGGUGCGCUUGUCCUAUGGGGCCUUAGCACGACGACUUACCGACUAUCUACUACAAGAAGUUUUGUCCGGGUCCAGCGACGGAGGGGCGAUGACGGCGGAAAAAGAAAUGGAGUGGAGCAACGUGAUUGAGGGAGAGCAAAGCGGGAGAAAAAGGGAGGGGGGAAAACAACGCAACAGUGCAUUUGUUGCGGACACGGACUUUGGCAGCCAUUCAAUGACCCACCAGACACUCAUCUCUUCCGCCCCUGCCGCUGCUGCCUUUUCCUCUGCUCCUCACCUCCUCCACGCCUCCCUCCCUACCCUUUCCCCCUCCUCCUCUCCGGCCGCCUCCGCCAUGUCGUCGUCGUCGUUCGCACACCACCACGGCUCCCUGCAGGUGGAGAGGAUGUCCGCGCUGAGGAGUAGCCUCAGGCCGUGCGAGGCAGCCGAGGAGGCCCACGACGCGGAGGAACUGGAGUGGGUGUCGCGUAUCAUGGACGACUCGCAGGCAGAGCUCCCGCCGCCGGCUCAGCUCCCAGCGCCAGCGGCGUGGCCACCGCAGCACCGCCGGCCCCAGGAAAGCGCUGUGCCGGCCGUGGACCCUAUGCGGACCCCGACCAUAUGCGCGCUUUCCACGGAAGCGCUGGUGCCGGUGAGGUCCAAGAAGCGCAGCAAGCGCUCGCGGGGCACCACCGUGUGGUCGCUCUCCGGCGCGUCCAUAUCCGACUCGGCGUCGUCGUCCGCCACCAGCUCCUCCUGCUCCUCGUCGGCCUCCCUGUCGUCCUUCUUCCUGAUGGACUCCCCAACCUUCAACCUCCUCGACGAACCGCCACGCACCAAGAGCAAGAACAAGAAGUCCAAGCACAAGCUCAAGAAGCGCGGGCGCAAGCCAAAGAGCCAUCUCCCGCCGCAGCUGUCUGGCGGCGCCGCCUCCCCGCCCGCCCAGGGCGACCGGCGGUGCAGCCACUGCGGCGUCCAGAAGACGCCCCAGUGGCGUGCGGGGCCGGAGGGCGCCAAGACGCUGUGCAACGCCUGCGGCGUCCGCUUCAAGUCGGGGCGGCUCCUGCCGGAGUACCGGCCGGCGUGCAGCCCCACGUUCGUGGGCAACCUGCACUCCAACUCCCACCGCAAGGUGCUGGAGAUGCGCCGCAAGAAGGACCCCGUCCCCGUCGCCAUCGAGGCCGCCGCCGCGCCGGCCGUCGCCUCGUUCUAG